AUGCGUGUCCUCGCCCUUAUCUCCAUCCUCGCAACUCUCGCUGUGGCGGCUGACGAGUCGCCGCGCAGCCGUUCGCGCUCCCGCCGCCACGAGGUCCGGGGUAACGACAACGACCAAGGCAACAACAACAACAACCAGGGCAACAACAACAACAACAACCAGGGCAACAACAACAACAACCAGGGCGGCCACGCUCCCUCCACCACUGCCAAGGUCUCGUCGACUUCGGCCGCCCAUGUCUCCAGCACCUCGGUGCCAGUGUCGGUCAGCGAGACCUCGGCCGUGAGCGUCCCCACCUCCGAGGCCGCCUCCACGACCGAGGAACCGACUUCGACGUCUAGCGUCCCAGCUACUACCACGUCGGCUGCCGGUGCCGCCACCACCACCUGUGUCGUGGCCUCGUCCGGCUUUGUCGACGAUGUUGCUAACGCUCAGGCGGCAGCUGCUGCCUGCGCGUCCAACGCUGUCAUCGAGUUUUCUACUGGCGUUGACUACGUCUUCCAGACCCCCGUCACCAUGUCGGGUCUGACCAACGUCGAGAUCCGCAUGAACGGCAACCUGCACCUCCCGAGCAACAUGACCCACGUCCUUGAGGUCAUUGCGACCAACACCAACCUGCGUUGGUUCAACUUCAAGGGCACCAACGUCCAGUACAUUGGUUCCAAGGACCUUGACAAUGGCUGGAUUUACGGCUAUGGCCAGCAGUACUGGGAUGCCAACCCGGCCAACGGCACCGGCAUUGCCAACCGCCCUCACCUGGCCACCUGGGAGCUGUACGACAGCUCUAUCACCACCCUCAAGAUCCGCAAGCCGCCCGCAUGGUGCAACUCGAUCAAGGGUAAAGGCAUUACCAUCUCGGACGUCUUCCUUGACGCCACGACCCACGACCUCGGCGGUUUCCCGUUCAACACUGACGGCUUUGACGUUGCCGCGACCGACGUCGUGAUCCAGGACAUUGUCGUUCUCAACGGCGACGACGCGGUGGCCAUCAACAACGACGCCCACAACGUCCUCGUGCAGAGGGCUCUGAUGGGCGGUCCCGGCUCCCACGGCAUGUCCAUUGGCUCGCUGGGCAAGGACGCGACCGUGUACCAGAACGUGUCCAACAUCCACUUCAAGGACAUUACUGCCGUCAACAGCCUUUACGCCGCCCGCUUCAAGUCGUACGACGGCGGCUGGGGCGACGUCAAGAACGUUACGUGGGAGAACUUCCACCUCGUCAACGUCUCGUUCCCCAUCUACAUCACCCAGAAAUACUACAACCAGGCCCUCACCACCAACAGCACUACGUCGUCCAACUCGACCAGCGCCGUCAACAUGGACUCGUUCACCUGGAAGAACUGGCGCGGCACUAUCAACUCGUACCAGCCCGGCGACGCCACCUGUGUCUCGGACCCCUGCUGGUACGACGUCGACGGCGCGGACCGCACCCAGGCGGCGAUUAUCAGCUGUGCCACCGACAGCAGCUGCACAAACUAUGUCAUGGACGACGUGCAGCUCAUCCCGCAGGCGAUGGACGCCACCACCUCUGUCAUCUGCGAAAACGUUCCCGCUGCCAACAACCCCAACUUUGGCAUUGUUUGCGAGAACGGAGCCUUCACCUACGCCUAG